AAGAGGAGAGGGCAGUAGUGAGCGGACAGGCAACACGGCGAGAUGGAAGGGUCCCUCGUCCUCUCCUUGUGCUCCCUGGCGCUGGUGUUCACCGCCGCUACAGAUGCAAGUCGCAUUGUGUUUCCUGUUAGUGUGACUCUGCAGGAAGGGGACACCUGCACCUUGUACUCAGGUGCGCCAGGCAGGUGUGCUGAUAUACGUGACUGUGACUACACUGACGUGAACUUUCGCCGCAACCCGCCCGUCAGGUGCGGUUUCAAGGGCAUAUAUCCUGUCGUCUGCUGUCCCAGUGCCUCGGGCGAAGGUCCCCAGCCGAUCACAGACAUAGCUCCGCCUAAUGUUACAUUCGGUUGUACAAAGAGAAGAAAUAAUUACGAUCCGAUAAUAGGACAUAAAUUGAAAAAAAUACCUGGGUUUCCGCUAUUGCCAAUGGAUACUAUCGGGUUUGACGAAGCAAAACCGCACGCAUGGCCUUGGAUGGCGCUUGUUGGGAAACGAGAAAGCAACAAUAAUAAAUGGUUCUGUGGAGGAGUGUUGAUCAACGAGCAGUGGGUCCUGACUGCAUUUCACUGCUUACUCAAGAGUCCAGACGUGGUGCGUCUUGGUGAACACGACUACCAACACAGAAACGACGGGCCACCUCACGAAGACUUUGACGUGGCAGAGAAGGUUACGUACCCUGGGUAUGCUCAUCCUCAGGAGUACCAUGACCUGGCCCUGCUUAGGCUGUCUUCGAGGGUGAAGAUAAAGAAUUCAAUCACUCCCGUCUGUCUCCCGUGGGGAGUGGAGAACGAGGUGGACAUCACGGGACAAACAGCGACGGUCACUGGUUAUGGCGAUACUGAAUAUGGUGGCAAACCAACUACCUUCUUGCAGCAAGUGAAAGUGACGGUGUUCACGUCAGACAAGUGUGACACUAGCUACUCCAUCUUGCCCAAGUACAAGACCAGUUGGCCCCAGGGCAUCGGAGAGGAGACCCUGUGUGCCGGAGAUGUUGAGGGAGGGAAGGACGCUUGCCAGGGUGAUUCCGGCGGACCCCUGGUGACUAAAGAUGUCGGAGGAAGCUUCGUGUUGGCGGGCAUCGUGGUGCAAGGUAACGGCUGUGGUAACAAAGACUUCCCAGGACUGUACGCCAAUAUGCGCUACCCGCCCUACCUCGUCUGGAUCAAGAAUGUUGCCUUCUAAGUUUUUUCUUAAUUAUUUAAAUUGACAACCAAAGAAACUUUCAAGAAAUACGAAUAGAAAUUCCUAAGAAAAUAUUUGGAAGAAAUAUAAUUUUGCAUUGUAUGAUGGUAUCAUAACUGUCAUGAUCAGCCUCUAAGAUGAUGCUAGAGAGGAGAGGCUUGUGGGUACCUUUCAUUACUUCUAUCAUUUUACUGUAUGGUGCUGUAUGGAAAUGUUCAUCUUUGUGUUUCUUUUUUCUUUUUAAUUUCAAUCUUGAAAUUCAUUGUUUAUCGUGUGUUCAAACUCAUUUGUAAGUUCGCUCUUCAGAACCUAAAAAAAAUAAAACAGCAUUCCAGCACACCGGAUAACCCUCAAAAUGUUAAUAUUUUAAAUAAAUUGAUGUCCAGUGA